AGAAGAGGGGUUACACACAGAUUCACAAGUUACUGUUAAAAUUUUCUAGAAAUGGAUAAGACGUUGUAUUGGUCGAGCUAGGCGAAGUGCUAUGUUUUUAAUAAGGCAUGAUGCCUUCGGGAGAACGAUCAUUUGUGAUGCAAAUAUUUAUCAUUAGGUUAUAUUGAAGACACAGUUAAAAGUAUCGCAGUCGUUGAAUUUCAAACCACAGUGAGAAUGUAAGGGUUCAAGAUUGCCUAUAACAAUAGACGAGCAGAAUUUCUUCGUCUAAUUAACCUCAUGCCAAAUCUAUCAUUUUUCUGGAAGAAAGCAAACGCCGGUCGAGAUUGAUAAAUAGUUGGAGGACGACCAUUGACAUUGUUGCCAGCAUGCACGUGGCGCAUGUUCUUGUAUUUUUGCGCGCUAGAAUGCACGUUGAGCGAUGAAGAACAACGUGAGUUUUAUGACGGGGUCCGAUCCCGGGGUUACCAUGGUGCUGGAGGACCUCGAGGACUGGGACAAAUGGGGCAUGGACUACGGUGCGCCGACGGAACACAAGCGGGCAUCCGCCAUGCCGUCCCAGGGAUCACUCUUCACAAUAUUUGAGGACGUCCAUUUGACGGACGAAGAGCGUGUGUACCUGAAUGCAGCGUAUCUCGGGGACCUGGGAGUAUUGCGGCAGUCAGUAGAGGAGGCGAACGAGUCUUCCCUAAAUGUCAACUGUCUCGACUAUAUGGGCCGCUCCGCCCUCCACCUCGCCAUUGAUAGCGAGAAGCUUGACGUCAUAGAGGUCCUCCUCGAUAAUCUUAGUUUUAACUGCAUUGAGGAGUCCCUGUUACAUGCCAUCAGCAAGGGAGCCACCAAAAUUGUGAAAAUCAUCUCCGAGCACCCAAACUUUAUGGAGGGGGAGGAUAGGUUGCGUAGGCUUGGUGUUGGUGAGGCGUUUUUCCGAACUGAGGAGAAAAGCCAAUUCUCACCAGACAUUACACCAUUAAUUCUUGCUGCUCAUUACAAUAAUCAUGAAAUUAUUCAAAUGUUUCUCUCACGAAAUCACAGUAUAGAAAAACCUCACCCGAUAUCGUGUACAUGCAAUGACUGUGUGACAAAGCAGAAUUAUGAUUCCCUGAAGAGGUCUCGCUCACGGUUGAACGCAUACAGGGCACUCGCGAGCCCCGCCUACAUGGCCCUCUCCAGCCCAGAUCCAAUCAUGACCACCUUCGAACUGCGACAGGAAAUGAUGAAGCUAGCGGAGAUUGAAAAGGAGUUUAAGAGUGAAUACCUGAGUCUUGUCGAGAAGUGUAUGAACUUUGCCUGCGAACUGAUGGACUUGUGCCGGGGCACACAGGAAGUGGAAGCCGUGCUCAGCGAGGGCAGUGACGCUUCCUCCGACAAUGGCAAGAGGGACCCACUUGCAAGGCUCAAGAUGGCCAUCAGAUAUCAGGAGAAAAAGUUCGUUGCUCACCCGAACUGUCAGCAGCACAUGACGAGUAUCUGGUACGGGUCUGAGAUGGGCUUCCUGCAGUCGUUCAACUGGAUGCGGGAGUCCAUCUACGCCGUCCUCUUCCUACCAGCCAUUCCGUUCCUUUGUGCCGUCUAUGUCAUGUUCCCAAACUCCAAAGUAAGGAGAUCUAAGUUGGGAUCCAUCAUGCGGUGCCCUGUGACGAAGUUUUUCACGCACACGACGUCACAUCUGUGUUUCCUGGUGCUGCUCGCCGUGGCCACAUUCCGCGUCUCCGAGGGUCACGUGUUCCUGCGAUCCACCGCCGACCUUGACGACCCGUCAACCGCGCACCUUCCCAGGGAAGAGAAGAUAGACAGUUUAUUAAAAGAGACUCUCAGACCAGCAAGCACCUUACUGACACAUGUACAAAUUUGUAUAGUAUUUUGGAUAUUAGGUUUAUUGUGGAUAGAGUGUAAGCAAAUCUACUGCUCAGGGGGUCUGUCCUAUUUCACAAACUACUACAAUUUUAUGGACUACAGUGUGCUAUCGAUGUAUUUAGCAUCGUAUGUGCUCAGGUUCUUCACAGAAUACAUGAUCACGGAGGCGGACAAAUACUUCCAAGGGACAAAGCGGGCUCGUGAGCUGCUGGUCGAGGGUGGGGAGCAGGGCAACUACACGCAUUUCAACCUGCUCUUGGAGGAGAUUCGAGAUCCUGCCAACCAUCCCAGAAACUACUUCAUGGAAGCAUCUCGAUUCAAGUGGAAGAUGGACGAUCCUGAAAUUGUGUCUGAUGUGCUAUUCGCCAUCGCCAACGUGAUAAGCUUUGCCCGAACUACCUACCUCAUGCCCGCCUUUGAAGUGCUCGGCCCGCUUCAAAUCUCCCUCGGCAGAAUGAUCGGGGACAUCACCAGAUUCCUCGUCCUCUUUAUUCUUGUGUUGUUUUCAUUCAUGGUUGGCCUACACAACCUGUACUGGUACUACGGCACCCAGCGCAUAGAGAUGACCAUGAACGGGCAGACCAUGUUCGUCUACGCUGCAGAGGCAUUCCAAGGGUUGAAACAAACGUUUUAUAGCCUGUUUUGGUCAAUAUUUGGUCAAGUCAGCAUAUCGGACAUCAACGUUAAACACCCGGGGCCAGGAGGAGCUUCUUUCACACAUUCAACGGGUUUAAACCGGAUCAUAUUCAGCGCGGGUCAGGGUCCAGGUGCCACCUCCACAGAGAACAGUACAGACAUCGUUGAGGGUGUGGGGCUGAUGCUGUUUGCCAUAUAUCACGUGGUCAUUAUCAUCGUCCUCAUCAACAUGCUCAUUGCCAUGAUGAGCCACUCAUUUGAAGCCAUCCAGGGUGACUGUGACGUGGAGUGGAAGUUUGCGCGCACAAAGCUGUGGAUGAAUUACAUGGACGAUGGCAGCACCCUGCCCGUCCCCUUCAACAUGAUCCCCUCUCCAAAGUCCUUCUGCUAUGUCUGGAAGUGCACGCGCAGGCUAUGUACUAGUGACAAAAAUGGCAAGAAAGAGUACGAGCGAAAGAUCAGGAAAACUUUUAUUAAGAAAGAUCGAGAAAUGGAUGUUAACUUCAAAUCCAGUAGCGCAAGUUUACAGAGGCGGCGCGAGACCGUGUGUAAGACGCUUGAGCUGAAGCCAGACGACACCUCGUACUCUGACAUCAUGCAGCGGCUCGUAAAAAGAUACCUCUUCAAACUUGAGAGGGCCAAGGACGAAAUUGAGCGAUUGAAGGACGGUGCGGCUAACAUCCAGAACAUCCGGACGGAGGAAAUCGAGCUGAUAGAUGAGGACGAUGUACCGCCUCCCGUUCCCGACACGCCCCGCCGUAUACAGCUUGACCGUCAGUAUGACAAAAUACCCGAGGACCCGGACGCGGACCAGUCAAGUUUCACACGUAACAGAGCCUCGAUACGCAAGCGUAAGAGUGCGGGGCGGGGCCAGGGGCGGAAGAUCUCCCACAGCGCGACCCAAAUCGCCACGACUUUGGCCAUACCCCAGCUGGAUGCCAUCCAACGACAACAGAAACUUCUGGACGUCCGUCUCCAACACCUGCAGGCUAGCAGCAAGGAAAACAAUAGAAUCAUCGACGACGUUGACUUCUUACGUAGAGUAAUGACGGAGAACCAAAAAGCUAUGUUCAACAUUAUUCACGCGUUGUCGAACAUGCAGAGUGAGAUCGUGUCACUGGUAAAGUGUCUGUCCCCGGCUGCCCCAACUCCCCCGCCCAUGCACGCUCAAAACGCCUCCAACUCCGUAUCUAAAUCGAAUUCCGGAAGAAAGCGUCUUAGUCAAGCAGAUGAUGAUCAAGAGAGUCGGUUCUAACAGACGCUUGUUUGGCUUGUAAUAGUUUAAAUGAACUUUCCUUAUUUGACCCACUCACUUAGUUUAUUGACGAAUGUAUGUAUAAUAUUUGAUAUAUGAAGCUCAAUGAAAAACUACAGUGUUUUGAAGUAUAAUUUGAAAAGCAUUGUAUACGGAGAGAAAUAAUGAUAAUUGAUAUAAUUACAAUAGAAAUCAUUUAUCUAGUAAAACAAUACACGUAGGCUGAUAUAUUAGUGCGGCUAAAUGGACUAUGAAACGCAAAUUUACAGCAGUGAUGAUGCUUAAUAGCUGUAAAACAAAUUUCAUUGGGCUUAAGAAUUAUAUUCGGAUGCUUUAAAGCUGCACUCUCACAUAUUUACCGUUUUGACAACUUUUUUUUUUGUCUUGG